AUGGUGCGCAUCAAUCUCUUCAAUGCCAUCAUUGGCACAUUGGCCAUCGUCGCCAUGAGUGUCACCGCAAAGGCGUCCUCGACCCUGCCGGUCUCCACGGACGCGCUGACCUCCGCCGCGGACCUGGACGACGACGGUCAACCCCUGCGCUACAUCAACUCGGUCUACGGUGACGAAGACGAUGACGACUACUCUCCCUCCGAGCUCGAAUCCCGUGCGGCCCUUCGUCGGACCAAGCACCACCACCGUCAUUCGAAACACCGCACCUCCUCUUCCCGCAAACUCUUCACCAUCGGCCCUGCUCUCACCGACACCCUCUGGGCAAAGAAGGUGCUAAUCACGUGGUACGCCUCGCACGAUCUGCUCAACCCCCAGUGCGGCAACGGCGGUGGCGACUGGCAACCCGAAAACUCCUCCCACAUCGGAGCGGUCGUCAAACACUGGACCGAUGGCCCGCAGUGUGGCGAAUUCGUCAAGCUGUGCAAUCAGAACGCCAACAAUCGCUGUGUGUUGGUCAGGGUGAUCGACAAGUGCGCCGGCUGUGGCGAAAACCAAGUCGAUCUGACGAAGAGCGCGUUCAAAAAGUUGAGUCCUAGUGGGACGUUGAGCGAAGGCAGGAUUCACGGCUUGCAGAUGUACAGGAGCAAGCAGCCCAAUCCUUGGGAUUUGGCGCUGUUCGGGCCUAAAGUGCUCGCAGGUUAG